AUGGCUCGUCUACUGCGGUCGUUGCAGCGAUUGCUGGGAAACCCCAGCCCGGCAGUUUCUAUACCUCCGCCGAGUCCUAGUACGACUCGAGUUAGAUCCAUUGAUACCGACUUUUCGAUUAUCAAAGAGGGUGACCAGGUCUUAUUACACACCAAACAGCCCACAUUAACAAAGCCAUUGAAGAAAGGAGGGAAGACCAGUCUUCGACGGGGACAUCUGGAACAUGAUCGUGCUAUUGGGAGUCGGGUAUGGGAUGCAGUCCAGGCACACAAGGGUCCAGACAUUCGACUGAGCCUUCCAACCUUGGAGGAAUAUGUCACUCUGACUCCUCGCUUGGUGACGCCGAUCUAUGCUCAUGAUGCCAACCUGAUCGUCUCCCUCCUCGAUAUCCAUACAAACCCAACCACCGCGAAUGAUAACCAACCCCCAAUUGAAAUCCUCGAAUCUGGCACCGGCCAUGGAUCCUUAACAUUGCACCUAGCGCGUGCUCUCCACGCUGCCAACACGACUCCGCCGCCUCGGCCAGUCGGUUCUCAAAUACAAUAUGUAGCGGGUCGGAAUCGAAGCCCAACGGAGAAAGCUUCAUCAGGAACUGAAUCGCAAACCUCGACAGAGACCGAUCCACUACAACAGGAAUGGGAUGCGUGGCGGACAGAGCGAGGCGCCAUCAUUCACACGGUGGAUGUGUCUUCGAAAUUCGCCAAGCUUGCAGAAAAGAAUGUUUUAGGUUUCCGUCGUGGAAUCUACUCCGGCACCGUCGAUUUCUACGUCGGCGCAGUGGAGGAAUGGAUCAAUUCACAAGUCGCGCAACGCACCAAGGCAGCCGAGCCGGUCAAGCCCUUCUUGACAUAUGCCAUUUUGGACAUGCCAUCUGCGCAUGAACGCAUCCCAUUGGUUAAGGACAUUAUCCACCGGGACGGCAAGCUGAUUGUCUUUGCGCCUAGCAUCACGCAGAUUGGCGAUUGCGUGCGGAUGAUCCAGAAGAUGAACCGGCCGUUUGUUUUGGACCGAGUUGUUGAGCUUGGGUCUGGACUAACCAGUGGCCGGAACUGGGAUGUUCGUCUCGCUGUCAAGAAGUCUGGAUCUGAUCCCUCAACAUGGGAAGCAGCUUCUGAAGGUGAAGAAGCCGCUCCUGCGGAGGAUGCACCGGAUUCCGAGCCUAUCGCCAAUGUGGAGCCUUUAGCCCCGGGUCCUGCAGUUGAUGAGUCGAACGCCGUGAUGGUAUGCCGGCCAAAGGUUGGACUGCGCACCAUGGGUGGCGGGUUUGUGGGAGUCUGGCGUCGCAUCGAAGAUCACCCUUGA